AUGACAUAUCGUUUAUUGUCAACAGUCGUCUGGCAAGAGUGGCAGGUUCACGUGACAUCCACGUCAGCAGAAAUGGGGGGACCAGCACUGUUAAGCUGUGUUGCACCUGCCUCAGUUCGAGAACACGCAACCGUUGCUGCCUGGUACAAGGACGACAAUGUGGUUUCAGCUGGAGACCAAAUGUCUGGUCCCACAAUGGUAGUGGAUGAAGGUUGGAAGCUCAUAGUACGGGCAGUACGUAGCGAUGACUCAAGAGCCCAGUAUUCUUGUUCCGUGUUAGACUCACUUACUGGAGAACGAAGAAGGAGUUCACCUGUCGCUGUAGAAGUUUCGCCGAUGAGUAUGCCCCAGCCAUCCGCCCCUCGUGCCCUCUUACAUGGCGUAUGGGAAACAAAUUCACGGCGCGGCGCCGAUGUACUGUUGCCCUGUUUAGUCCACGCGAACCCACCCGCUACUAUAACGUGA